AUGGCUGCCUUUGCCCGCCUGCUGGAGCGUCUCCUCUGGCCAGCUCGCAAAAAACAGGAGUCAGAAGAGGAAGAGGAGGAGGGGCACAGGAAUCAGCAUGGGCCUCGGUUGCUCCUGGACGCGCCGCGAUGCGUCCAGCGGCCGCACGGGGGUGCGGCCGCGUCUUGUGGCCUGCGCUUCGGGGCGAGCGCUGUGCAAGGCUGGCGCGCGUACAUGGAGGACGCGCAUUGCGCUUGGCUCGAGCUGCCCGGGCUACCGCCAGGCUGGGCAUUCUUUGCGGUCCUCGACGGCCACGGCGGGACGCGAGCUGCCCUCUUCGGCGCGCGCCACCUGCCGGGCCACGUGCUCGAGGCACUGGGCCCAGCGCCUGGCGAACCCGAGGGAGUGCGCGGGGCGCUACGCCGAGCCUUUCUGAGCGCAGACGCACAGCUGCGUGCGCUCUGGCCUCGGGGCGAGCCGGGGGGCUCCACAGCCGUGGCGUUGCUCGUCUCCCCGCGAUUUCUGUACCUGGCGCACUGCGGUGACUCCCGAGCGAUGCUGAGUCGCGCCGGCGCCGUGGCCUUCAGCACCGAGGACCAUCGGCCUCUCCGGCCCCGGGAACGGGAGCGCAUCCACAACGCGGGAGGCGUCAUCCGCCGCCGGCGUCUCGAAGGCUCUCUGGCAGUAUCCCGAGCGCUGGGCGACUUUGCUUACAAAGGGGCUCCGGGAAGGCCCCCUGAGCUGCAGCUCGUUUCCGCGGAACCUGAGGUGACCGCCCUGGCUCGCCAGGGCGAGGACGAGUUCUUGCUAUUGGCCUCCGACGGUGUGUGGGACGCGAUGUCUGGCGCUGCCCUGGCGGGACUGGUGGCAUCGCGCCUCUGCGUGGGCCUGGCCCCGGAGCUUCUCUGCGCGCAGCUACUGGACACGUGUCUGUGCAAGGGUAGCCUGGACAACAUGACCUGCAUCCUGGUCUGCUUCCCCGGGGCCCCCAGGCCUUGUGAGGAGGCCAUCAGGAAGGAGCUAGCGCUGGACGCAGCCCUGGGCCGCAGGGUCGCCGAGCUGUGUUCCUCUGCUCAGGAGCCCCCCAGCCUGAACACGGUUUUCUGGACUCUGGCCUCGGAGGACAUCCCAGAUUUACCUUCUGGGGGAGGGCUGUACUGCAAGGCUGCUGUCCUUGCUGAAGCUUAUUCUCAGCUCUGCCAGGCCCCAGGACGCAACUGGCAGAAGGGCCCGAAUGGGGCUGGAAAGCCCACUGGCACCCAUUCAGACUCUUCCUUGGACUUGAAGCCCUGA